GGCCGUUAGGUUAGGUCAGGUAAGCGAAGUAAAUAAAGAUCCCUAUAUACUGCUUCGUAAUUUUUGAGAGAACUUUACUUAUUGAUUCGUGAUUGCAUGUCAUUUUUGCGGUAGAUUUUAGUUAAAAAUUUCACGUUUGUUGAGAAGGAGUGAACAGUUUUUAUUUCUAAAUUGAAAAUUUCUAGUUAAAAAGCUGUCAAAUUUCGAAGGAAAUAAACCAAACAAGGCCAACAUGCCGGAACCAGUUCACCAUCAAAUCAACACAGCAAGGAAGACCUUCCAAGCUCUCUACAAGAUAUCCAAGCUUCUUAAUACAAACUUAGAUCCAACAACGCUCAGUUACUGUGUAAGAUUGUGUGAAAAUGGAGUCAAUCCACAAGCCCUUGCAACAAUUGUGAAGGAGAUGCAGCGAGAAGCCAAGGCUUUGAACAAUACUUCAACAUAUACAAGUAAAAAAUGAUAAUUGUGUGAAAAUGUACAGUGAGUUUAAACUUAAGUUUUCUGUUAUAAGAACUGUUAAGUAUUAAGUAUUUUUGUAUUUAUAUAAUUUAAAUUAUGAAGUGAGCAGGAGGUAUGAAGCCAUGACAACAAUAAAUGCAUAAAAUUGUUUGGUUAUAGAAUUCUUUCGAUCUCUUUGGAUUUUUUAAAAAAAUAAAAAUAAUCUGUAUGUAGUGA